AUUAUUUUAAGGUACAAAAAACUCUUUGGUGUUGCUUUAAGGGGAGAAUGUUUACACUGUUUUGCACCUGUGCUUUCCCAAAGAUAAUCCCGAAGCCCUGUCUUGCGCACCGCACCUCCCUCACAUGUGCAAGUGUGUGUCUCAUCGUUUAGGGGGUGUGUGAUCGCUGCAGAAGGCGUGGUGGGGUCUCUUUGAUAAAGACAGGUGACAGUGUGCUGUUCUCCCAUUCUGUCAUUCUCCCUCUGUCAGAACCACAACCUAGAUUAAUUUGCCACAUCGUAAAGAGCUGUGAUAAACCUUUGUCUGCUUUUGAAGUCUCUCUCUGCCUGGUUUGUUGGACUCAAAAGUCAAAUCUCACUUUUUUUUCUCUAUUUGAGUGUCUCCAGCUGUUAGUUGGAUCCAACUAUUACACGCCUAAACUUUUGGAUCUGGUGCAUUAUUUGAGGCUAAGGGAGACAGAUGAGAAUGGGGGUGCAUGAGCCUAAGACUGGGGAUUUCAGUGUGGACAGGGGCAUAUUGGACGAGCUCAGCCUGGACGAGGUGGCCCGAAAGCGGACAUGUCCACGAGGGCCCUCUCUGAAGGAGCGACUGCGUGAAUCAGCUCGGUGUUCUCUGCCCAGGCUAAAGGUCUGGCUCUUCUCCUGGCUCCCCGUCCUGUCCUGGCUACCCCGCUACAAAAUCCGUGAGAAUGGCCUGGGGGACCUCAUCGCCGGCAUCAGCGUGGGAAUCAUGCAUCUGCCGCAAGGGAUGGCGUAUGCUCUGCUGGCCUCACUGCCACCAGUCUAUGGGCUAUACACGUCCUUCUACCCUGUACUCGUCUACUUCAUCUUCGGCACCUCCAGACACAUCUCUGUAGGUACAUUUGCUGUCAUCAGCAUCAUGAUUGGCAGUUUGGUUGAGCGGUUAGCACCAGAUGCUAACUUCAACCCUAACAUAACGAGUAACGGGUCCUCUGUGGUAGAGGUGGAUGUAGCAGCCAGGGAUGCGUACCGGGUCCAGAUAGCCACUGCUCUCACCUUAUGCUGUGGACUCUUCCAGGUGGUGCUGGGGUUGGUGAAAUUUGGCUUUGUGGUGACGUAUCUGUCAGAGCCGCUGGUCAGAGGCUACACCACAGGAGCGGCCACACAUGUGGUCAUCUCUCAGCUGAAGUAUCUAUUUGAGAUCAGCCCUGAGCGCUUUGCUGGGCCGCUGUCGCAAAUUUAUACACUGAUAGACCUCUGCCAUCGGCUGCCUAGCACUAACAUCCCCACUCUGGUGGUCAGUCUGGUGGCCUUGGCUGUCCUGAUUAUCGUCAAAGAGUUAAACUCCUACUACAGCAAAAAGCUACCGCUGCCCAUUCCUAUUGAGCUAAUAGUGAUAAUAGGAGCAACAGUGAUCUCAUAUUAUGGGAAUCUCAAUGAGAUAUAUAAUGUUCAUGUGGUUGGGGAGAUUCCAAGUGGCCUGGUGCCCCCGCGUGUGCCUGACUUCAGCCUGUUCCCCUCCGUGGUCGGUGAGGCCUUCGCCAUAGCAGUGGUGGGCUAUGCCAUCAACAUCUCCUUGGGCAAGACUUUUAGCCUUAAACACGGCUAUAAAGUAGACAGCAACCAGGAGCUGGUAGCGUUGGGUCUCAGUAAUACGGUGGGUAGCUUAUUCCAGUGCUACUCCGUCACCUCCUCUCUGUCUCGCAGUCUGAUUCAGGAGAGCACGGGAGGAAAGACACAGGUGGCUGGGGUCGUUUCUGGGCUAAUUGUGCUAGUCACAGUGCUGAAGCUGGGUUCGCUGUUUGAGGAACUGCCCAAGGCUGUGCUCGCCACCAUUGUGUUCGUGAACCUGAAGGGCAUGUUCAAACAGUACAUGGACAUCCCUGCACUGUGGAAGAGUAACAAAGUAGAUUUGCUGAUAUGGGUGGUGACGUGCACUUGCACAAUUCUGCUCAAUCUGGACCUGGGUCUGGCUGUCUCCGUCGCAUUCAGCCUCCUCACUGUCAUCUUCAGAACACAGCUUCCAAAGUAUUACCUGCUUGGCUGGGUACCAGGGACAGAACUCUACCUGGACACAGAGACCUAUGAGGAGGCCAAGGAGAUCCCGGGCGUCACUAUCUUCCGCUCCUCUGCCACUGUGUAUUUUGCCAACGCUGAGCUGUACAGAGAGGCCCUGGAGGACAAGAGUGGGAUCAAUAUCAAUAAGCUGCUGAAACAGAAGAAGAAACAGGCCGCAAAGCAGAAGCGUUUACAAACCAAAGAGGAGAAGAGAGCCCAGAAACAGAAAACAAAAGAGAACGGAAUGGUCAAUGUCGCAGCCAACGGAACGGCGCAUCCCGUCCACAAGGAGACAGACUCGGUCCACUGGCGCGGCUCUAACGCCGACCUGCGGAGGGACUCGCACUGCGGCAACGGCGUGGCACCGCACAGCGCUAACGGCAGCGUCACCAACGGCAGCGUCACCAACGGCAGCGUCACCAACGGCUGCGUCACCAACGGCUGCGUCACCAACGGCUGCAUCAACAAGGGCUUCGGGCAGGAGCCAGACGCGCACACGUGUGACGUGGGAGACGAGCGGACCGACGACACGAUAUGGGAGGAGGUGCGGAGCACUGAGGUGUCCAGCGGCAGCGGCAAGCACUCCAUCAUUCUGGACCUGUCCACUGUGGGCUUCGCCGACACAGUCACACUCAACACCCUGACAAAUAUAUGCCGGGACUUUGGUGAGGUGGACGUGACUGUGUACCUGGCAGGCUGUCAAGUGUGUGUUGUCCAACAGCUGGAGCGGGGGGACUUCUUCGCUACCUCCAUCCCUAAGAGUCGCCUGUUCCCCUCCAUUCAUGACGCAGUGCUGCACUGUCUCAACCAAAGGGGCAAAGAGCUACCCAUCUACGGCUGUGUACUGGAGAUUGCCUGUGUUACUCAGCUGUGACCAACAGAGGUCAGACUGGACUCUGCCUCCCUGUGCCCUCCCACCAUCCCUCACUCCACGGUGCUCCAGCCAGCGCAGCAAGGCACUGGGUUGCCAUGACAACUGAUGGGGGUGGUUACCAUGGGUUCCACUGUUUUCUUCCCUCCUUUCCCGCCAUUUUGAUGUUAUUUUAUUAAUGAUCUGGCAAAGUCUCCUACCACAGACUCAGAGUCUUCAGUGGGAAAACACCGCUCAGAUCCAGAUAGUCUUAAAGUCCAACCAACUAACCAGAAACAACCCUCAGGGAAACUAUCUUAUUAUAAAUUACCCUCAAUUAAAGCAGGGAAAUCUCAGGGUACUGAAAGUACUACAUGUACAUGGGUCAGUGACAUAUAAGGGUUGGUAAGAUGAGAAAAUUAAAAAUAUGUUUAAACCUUUAAAACAAAACAUGCCUGAGAUUUGCUAAAGUGUAUACUUUGUAUUUCUGUUGUAUUCAUAUUAUUUAAUAUGACGUGUAUACUAUUUUUUAACAAAAGAUAGAACUAACAGCCUGUUAAAUUGUCAAAUGGUGUAACCACAAAAAUGACAAAUAUCUAAUGUCACACCUCCUUCAUGCAAGUUCAUGCAAUUGCUCUCAUGAAAUUAUUAGUUUAUUUUGUAAUAUCCUAUGAGAAUAUGUUUUAUUAUAUUUAUUUCUAAAUUUAAAUUAUAUGGGUUUUUCAUUGUACUGAGCAAGACCAUAUGCUAUAAACAUCUUGUUUUAUGUCUAUUCUUUGACCAUUUGAGUAAAAAUGCUUUAAACAACCAUUAUUACCGGUACAGUGAAGUAGAGUUUUAAAUCAUUAUCCAUAUGAACUUUUUUGUACAUUAUUAGUCUUUUAGACAAAAUACUGGUUACACCAAUUGACAUAAAUCGGUUACACCAAUUGACCAUAAAACGUUUAUAGCAAUAGGACAAGAAAAUGGGCAGAAAAUAGGCAUUAAGGUAAACGGAGUUGGAUAUUUUGAUAUGUAUUCAUGUCAUUCAUCAUAUUCCAUAUCAAAUUUCAUUUCAUAACAUCAAUGAAGAAACUUGUGUUCUAUUUGAUUUCAGAUCAGUUCUCAUACAAUUUCAGUCUAUACCCA